AUGUCACAUGUUGUGGUUUUCAACUCGUACGCGAGAACAGUCAAGAUCCCAACCACACCUGUCAAGUACCUGACGGAAGUGCGGGAUGAGGCCUGCCAGAAGUUUGGGUUGAACAAGGACCAGUAUACCCUCAAAUAUAACAAUAAGCCUCUGCCUCUGUCCCAGCAAGUACGACUCGCAAAUCUUCCUCAAGGCGCUCGGUUGGAACUCGUACAAGCCUCACGGUCACCUACCGUCAUAUCGGUAGCGCUUCAGCUGCCGAAAUCUCGCCUCACACAGAAGUUUGCAAGCAAUACUUCUUUAUGGGAGAUUCUUCGAUAUUUCGAGAGCGGCGACGGGGCGAACUACAACUUCACGCAGCGCGGAAUACCGGAGAUGAACGGCGGAGAAUCAGGUGCAGGUAGGCUGAAUUACGAGAUGCCUGUCAUCACGGUCAUGCCUAGCCACAAGGAGCAGUCGAAUUUUGUAGAACUACAGAAAACGCUCAGCCAGUUGGGAUUUGAGAGUGGGUCGGCCUUGCUGAAGUUGACGUUCAGAAACAGUGGCAUACCCCUGGAGGAGGCCAUGACACAGAUAACACAAUACUUCAAGACCGUGGAACCGGCUGCAAUGGGAGCACAGGGCGCGCAUGCGGCGACAACUUCACAACAAUUGUCGGUGCCGGAUCCCAUUAAAACAGACUCGGAAGCUACAGACACUAGUGCAAGUGAGCCUGUUCGAUACGAUAAGCCAGGCCCAGAGCCGAUGCAGGUGGACGAGAAGCCAGCUGCAGAGCCGAUAACAGAACCUCAGGUAUCUACAGAAAAUCCCGCAACAAACAACAUUGAAAAUGUAUCUCCAGCUGCAGCAUUGGCAGCAGCAACCUCUACAGCAUCAGCUGGGCCAUCUGAAGCACCAGUCACUUCAUCCCAAUCUCCACCCCAUUCUCCAUCACGGCCUCGCAAUAUCCAGAUAUUCUCCGCAUCAACAUCAUCAGUGCCUCAAGCUACUCAGAACGACUUUGACGAAAAUGACUACCUGCCCACUAUUGAACACGCGAAAUCACAUCAGGCAGCACUGGCCACUAAGCAACGAAACACCCGUCUACUGUCUGAUAAGGAACUUGAACAACGAGAAAAGGCUCGUCAAGAAAAGAUCAAUGCAGCAGCAGAAAAGGGAGGCGCGCUUCGAAUCCGCAUGCCAGAUGGUACAUUGAUCCAGAUGAGCUUCACAAAAGAGGAUACGGCAGCUGUUCUCUACGAUUUUGUGAAGAGCUUCCUCGAAAAGAAGGAAGAGCCGUUCAAACUCAACUACACUAGUCCGACUGGCCGCCUAGUUCUUGUUCCACAGGAUCAUAAACGCUUGAUUCAAGACCUGCACUUUUUCAACAAUGAACUGAUCACCUUUCAAUGGGCUGAAAACGCGAGUGCAGAGGCACGCGCUUCACGGAAGACAUUGUCUGAUGAGUGGCAGGCUAAGGCGCAGACGCUGAAGGUGGAAGAAGCCGUGGCAUCAGAGCCUGCGGAUGAGGCGAAGGGGCAGACUGUUACCGAGGGAAAGAGGAAAGCGGCCAUGAGUUCGGAAGAGAAGGAGAAUAAGCUCAAGAAUUUGUUGGGCAAAGGGUUUUUCAAGAAGACGUAA